AUGAUGAAGAUAUCGCAAAUGCUGAACCCUAUCUGCGGUGGCCGCGACGACCACCGCAGUUCGAACUCGCCGACGCCAGCUCCAUAUCCAGUGGCUGCAGUCUCAGAGCCAAGACGACAAAAGAUUCCGAAGGACGCUCCAAUCUUUUCAGAAGGCAACAGAACCGUCGGUAACGUCAACUUCCCACCGCACGAGGCCGGUGAAGACCAUGAAUUAUUGCACCAGCAUCGCCGGUUUCAAAUCUAUCCUUUGGGAGAGAUAUCCAGGAAAGGUGUAAGGCACAUCCCGUACAACAGCGACAAGAAGGCCUUCCAUGAAAAGACUGGACGAGAAGCUUUUGAAAUGUUCCAGUACACGUACAAGAGACCAGACGACGAGAAAGAGUACACUGUUGUCUGGGACUACAAUGUCGGUCUCGUUCGCAUGACGCCUUUCUUCAAAUCGUUGAAGUAUUCAAAGACGAUACCAGCCAAAGCGUUGAGAGAGAACCCUGGACUGAAGGACAUCAGCUACAGUAUCACCGGUGGGGCUCUAGUCUGCCAAGGCUAUUGGAUGCCAUACCAUGCAGCCAAAGCUAUAGCAGCGACAUUCUGCUACGACAUUCGAUGGGCACUCACCCCGGUAUUCGGCAACGACUUUCCUUCCGAGUGUCUGCAUCCGAAGGACUCAUGCUUUGCGAAAUUUCUCAUUGACCCGACCAUUGUGCAGUUCUGCGCGCAAGAGACGGUUCGUUUCGCAAAGCUUGGUCCUGCGUAUGCUGUUCCCAAGCCCGACGCUUCGUCGCUGAUCGAGACACCGAAGAUGCACUGCGAGCCGCCCUUGCGCAAGGAGAAGCUGGUCAUGCAACGGCGCGCGCGACCGACCGAUAUCGAGAGCGGGUAUGGGACGGACACUAGUCGCCAUGGCAAGUAUCUCUGCUCGCCUGAAGUGUCUCCUCGCACUCAGUUCACACCCAUCAACCGCUCCCAAUCUCCAUGGUCGCCACGCACAAUCGGCUCUUCCCUCUUGGGCUCGCCUAUCAGCUUCCAGGCGCCUCCGGGGUUACUCACGCCAACGUCGGCUCCAUACGAGUACCACGUUGAAGGCUUUCGAGCGAAACGGACACAUUCGAAAGUCUCUUAUGACGACCGCGUCACUCGUCCCGAUACAGCCACCACGGUGGACAGCGCGCACGGCUCAGAGGGGUCCGGUGGCGACGACGACCAUAAUCGCGAUGAUGUAAGAGCGGCGGAGAUGUUGUUGUCGCUCUGCACUGGAGACAAGACGAUGCCACCGACGAAGCGGACGCGUUGUGGUUCGAGGUUCUAG